GCUGACUAAUGCUAUGUUAAAUUAUAUUGGUGUAAAAAAAAGACUUUUCUUAUACAGAUAAAGAUUAUAAAGAUCAAUUUGGACAAUUUCGCGGGGCAUUUCAGCGGCCAAGAGAAGAUCUCCCUGUGAUGCCUCAUAUGUGCGCAACAGGUUCGGCAACAUAGGCAAUAUUUAAUGGUAUUAACUCCAAUCAACGUAGGAGGAAGAAGCAUGUUGUCACCAUUUUGGUGCAUAAGCAUCGAGCAGGAGAUCAACUCAUGGGAUGUAGCGGAUGCAGAGUCAGGUUCAACUUUGGAAAGGUGCUCUCCAAAGUCUCAGUGUUCUUUACCAUGGUCCUAAUCUUUACGUACUUCUUCUAUUGCCUAACGGGAUUUUGCAGUUCGGCUCCUAGAGCGUUAUACAGCCAGCAUUUCUCAAACAGGGACUAUGACAUUUCGGACGGUCGCCGCCGCAUGUUGGAGGAUCUACGACCACCUCCGCAUCCUAAUCCCGACGCACCGUCUCGUAACCGCACAGCCUCGGCGGACGCACAGCAGGUGGACGUGGAUGAGCAGCUGCCACAGCAAGUGUUGGACAACGGCAUCCCUGUGUCCAACACUUUCGGGACCAAGAGGUUUCCACAGGCGAUUAUAAUCGGUGUGAAGAAAGGAGGAACCCGCGCCCUGCUGGAGUUUCUCCGCAUCCACCCGGACGUGAGAGCGUUUGGGGCAGAGCCGCACUUCUUUGACAGGUUUUAUGAGAAAGGACUGGAGUGGUACAGGAACCUGAUGCCUCGGACACUUGAUGGGCAGGUCACCAUGGAGAAGACACCCGGCUACUUUGUCACAAAGGAGGCUCCCAGCCGUGUCUGCACAAUGAACUGCCAAACCAAACUAAUUGUGGUAGUCAGAGAUCCGGUAACACGUGCAGUGUCUGACUACACCCAGACACUAUCCAAGAACCCAGGCCUUCCAUCAUUCCAGAGUCUCGCCUUGAAAAACUCCUCCACAGGUCUGAUUGAUACCACGUGGAGCGCUGUGCGCAUUGGCCUCUAUGCCAAGCACCUGGAGAACUGGCUUCAGUACUUUCCUUUGUCUCAUUUUCUGUUUGUUAGCGGUGAGCGGCUAGUAUCCGAUCCGGCCGGCGAGAUGGGCCGGGUUCAAGACUUCUUGGGUCUAAAAAGGGUUAUUUCAGAAAAACAUUUCUACUUCAACCAGACUAAGGGAUUUCCCUGCUUGAAGAAACCAGAGGGCAGCAACAGACCUCGCUGCCUGGGAAAAUCUAAGGGCAGACCUCAUCCACUGAUCCCCUCUGAGGUACUGAAGAGACUCAGAAACUUCUACAGACCCUUCAACCACCGUUUCUAUAAGAUGAGUGGACAAGACUUUGGCUGGGACUAAGAGAGAAGGAUUAUUUCAGCCCAGAUAAAAGUAAAUAUCUUAUAUUCGGUUCAUUUACUGUUUCCACAGUGCUAACAUUCUCAGGGAGAGGUGGAGACUAAGUUUAUUCUCUCUGUGGAAUCAACAUGACAUGUAGCACUCAUGAACUGCCAGUUUUCUUGUAGAGUUGUUGUAGUAGCUGAAAUGGACACGAUGCUGGUAAUAUACAAGUCACGCAGUAAUGACUUGCAUAUUAAACCACACUCUCGUUUAUACAGUUUGUUCUCUCUGUUUGGAUGCAUUCUUCUCUUUUUUUGUACCUUUUACUAUGUUGUUUAUAAGAUGAGCUCAUAUUUAUAGUUUGUGUUUAUAUAAAACAUUUAUAUUUUCUAUUUUAUGAAAGAAAUAUAUUUAUUACAUGACAAGGCAUUGAUCAUAAUGUCAUAUUCCUACAAUACCUUGAUGCAUUUGUAGCUUAUUGCAUCAACUGUUUCCAAGAACAUUGGAAAACUACAUGAUUAGGUUGAUGUUGCAGAGCAGGGAUCCCCAUCUCCGGUCCUCAAGGCCCAAUGUCCUGCUUCAGCACUCCUGACUCAAAUUAAUGGCUCAUUAGCAGACUUGUGCCGAGCUUGUCAGAAAACCAUUUAAUUUGAAUCAGGUGUGUUGCAGCAAAGACUUGCAGGAUAGUGGGUCAUGAGGACCAGGGUUGGGGACCUCUGUUGUAGAGUAUUUUCCUGUACAUUUCAUUUGGUAUACAAAAUGAUACCUCAUAUAUGAAAUUCAAAAGAUGCAUACACACAUUCCUUUUGUAAAAAAAAAAAUGUAGCUAUGUUUUCCCUCCAAAGCUGCAUUAUAUACUAUUUUUAAUUGCCUUAGACAGUACCGACUAUCAGAUAUUAAUCAUGUGUGGUAAAUUAUUAUGGGAUCAGUGGUUAUUUUAAACCACUUUUAUAACCAACGCACAGCACAAUGAUGUGUAUGA